UGUGAUUUGUCAAGGAAAUCUCAGCCACCUGCUCCCUGCAUGCAAAUGGACCCAAACCCCUGACAGCUGCUCUUUGGGCCUCCAACUCUAAGCCCUGUCUUCCCUCUCUGAGCUUGACCGAAACAUAGGGCAGCCUGAUCCUUCUGGUUCUGGCCUUCACAGCCCCAGCAGGACUCUCUGAGUCAUGGGGGCAAGGAGUGGGCCAAACCCUAGAUGGGAGCCAGGUCGCGGUUGCGCCCCAUUUCCUACCCUUGGUCCACUCAAAGCAGGGACAGGCCCAUCCAUCUUCCUCUCUGGAUCCCCUGGACUUCUCCCCACCCCCCAGGAUCAGACCCAGGGGCAGCUGGUUGGGGUUUGUUGAGAAGAAGGAUUAUCCAGAUCAGUCCCUUCUAAUCUCAGCUCUCGCCUGUACCCUCCCCAUAUUCACCGUAACCCCCUCCCCCCUUCCCCACAACUCUGAACUAAGAGUCAAAAUCUUGGGUAUUGACAAUGAGCCACCUCUCACCCUCCUAUUCUGGCUCCUGGACUGGUUGCUAGGCAGGCCGUGACUGCCACCAUCGUGCACGUUGGUGGGGGACCAGGGCCUGGGCAGGGGGGAGGCCUGGAGCUGUCGUUACUUCAGCUCCUCUGUCCCCCUCCCCAGCCCCAAACUUUAAUCCUCACAGCUUUGCUCUAAUCCCAUGGGGCCUGAUGCUCUUAUCUCUGCCUACAGGGACACUGGCCAGGGAAGCACCCCUCAACCCCUCUUCCCUCUAGGUGUGAGGGGCUGCUCCUCUCUAUAGCCCCACACCCCUAAUCCCCCCUACCCACCACCCCAGGCUGGGCCCAAGUCUCUCUGGAAGCCUCACGCCUCCCUUCCUGCCCUCUCCCACACCGUUGCCAGCUGAUUUCAUUCGUCUGACGUCGUCGUUGUCAUUAGCCCUACCCUUCUCUGUCAGUGCCCCCCCCCCCGCCCCAGGGUUGGGGCCAGGCCAGGCCAGCUCCUCUGGCAGCAGAGCCAGGGCAGGUGACGGGUUGGCGUCGCAGCUGAGGGAGUGAGGAGGCGCCUGGAAACCUGGGAGAGGUCCAGUCAGAGUCCAAGAGCCAGAGCUACCCCUCAACCUGUCGGCCAUGGGGGAGAUGGAGCAGCUGCGGCAGGAAGCGGAGCAGCUCAAGAAGCAGAUUGCCGAUGCCAGGAAAGCCUGUGCUGACAUUACUCUGGCAGAGCUGGUGUCUGGCCUUGAGGUCGUGGGAAGAGUCCAGAUGCGGACAAGGCGGACAUUAAGGGGACACCUGGCCAAGAUCUAUGCCAUGCACUGGGCUACUGACUCCAAGCUGCUGGUAAGUGCCUCGCAAGACGGGAAGCUGAUCGUGUGGGACACCUAUACCACCAAUAAGGUGCAUGCCAUCCCCCUGCGCUCCUCCUGGGUUAUGACCUGUGCCUAUGCCCCAUCAGGCAACUUUGUGGCCUGUGGGGGGCUGGACAACAUGUGCUCCAUCUAUAGCCUCAAAUCCCGUGAGGGCACUGUCAAGGUCAGCCGGGAGCUGUCUGCUCACACAGGUUAUCUCUCUUGCUGCCGCUUCCUGGAUGACAACAACAUUGUGACCAGCUCCGGGGACACCACUUGUGCUCUGUGGGACAUCGAGACUGGGCAGCAGAAGACUGUGUUUGUGGGACACACAGGGGACUGUAUGAGUCUGGCUGUCUCUCCUGACUUCAAACUCUUCAUUUCGGGGGCCUGUGACGCCAGCGCCAAGCUCUGGGACGUGCGGGAGGGAACCUGUCGGCAGACAUUCACUGGCCACGAGUCGGACAUCAACGCUAUCUGCUUCUUCCCCAACGGAGAGGCCAUCUGCACGGGCUCAGACGACGCCUCCUGCCGCCUGUUUGACCUGCGGGCGGACCAGGAGCUGAUUGCCUACUCCCACGAGAGCAUCAUCUGUGGCAUCACAUCCGUGGCCUUCUCCCUCAGCGGCCGCCUGCUCUUUGCAGGCUACGACGACUUCAACUGCAACAUCUGGGACUCCAUGAAGUGCGAGCGUGUGGGGGUCCUCUCUGGCCACGACAACAGGGUCAGCUGCCUGGGGGUCACAGCUGAUGGGAUGGCUGUGGCCACUGGCUCCUGGGACAGCUUCCUCAAAGUCUGGAACUAAGAAGGCUGGAGGAGGGGCGGUAAAAGGCCAUGAAGACACUCAACUGCCCCUCCCCUGCCCAAUUUUUUUAAGGUUUCUUUCAGUUUUCUCUUCUAUACCCCAGCUGCCAUUCCCACCCAGCUUUGUCCCUUGAGGGCAGUGGGGGAAAAUGGGGAGCCUGCCUUUGGGAGGCAGCAUCAGGGAAACGGGGGCAAAGAAUUGCCCCAUCUCCUCCCAUGGUCUCCCCUCCCCAUGGUCCUGCGGCUUCCCCUUAAUAAGCAAGGACAACUGACCCCUCCCCAGCCCCUGGCAGGCCUACCAGGCUUCCUUCCGGUCUGAGGCCCCAGUCCCUAGAAUUCCUCCCCCAGAGCCACUACCUUUAUCCAGAUCUGGGUGGCAGCCGGUGCUCAGCCCUGUGGCCACGGUUUUGGUACCACUAGGACCCUGGCCCUCAUCUCCUUCAUGAUUUCUGCCUUUUCUACCUUCUUUAUUUCUCUCCUAAAGCACCUGCAAUAAAUUGUAGCAUCUUGGUAUGUCUGGGA